AAAAGAUUGGUUACACAAUUCUUCCAUUGUAGCCAUGACACACCAAUUUAUGAGGAGGGAAAACUCCGAAGUCUGAACCAUAACGAUUUCAUAACAACAUCAAAAAAAUAGCAGAAACGCAUUUGUUAGUCACAGACAAACAUUCUUAGGCUCUGUUUGUCUGGGAUUUCCUGGGAGAAAAUCGAAUAGAAAACUCAUGGCCACCCUCAGAGUACCGGACGUUGUUCCUCCUCCAUCUGAAGACUGUGAGAGACUCAAGGAAGCUUUCAAAGGGUGGGGAACUGACGAGAAAGCAAUCAUAUGGGUAUUGGGGCAUAGAAAUGCAAGCCAAAGGAAGAAAAUCAGAGAAACGUAUCAGCAGCUUUUCAAUGAAUCCCUCAUAGAUCAACUCCAAUCUGAACUCUCCGGCGAUUUCGGGAAAGCAGUGAUCCUGUGGACAUACGAUCCUCCUGAGAGGGACGCGAGGUUGGCUAAUGAGGCCCUGAAAUCAAGAAAGAAGAGCAUCACACAACUUCAAAUAAUAGUCGAAAUAGCAUGUGCUAAUACUCCUCACCAUCUCAUGGCAGUAAGGCAGGCCUACUGUUCUCUCUUUGAAUGCUCGCUUGAAGAAGACAUUGUAUCCAACGUCCCCCUACCUGUUAGAAAGGUUCUACUCGGUUUAGUGAGCUCCUACCGAUAUGACAAAGAACUGGUGGAUAUGAACGUAGCAAACGUAGAGGCGGCUAAGCUACAUGAUGCCAUUGAAAAGAAGCGUCUAGAUCAUGAUGAUGUUGUGUGGAUACUUAGCACUAGGAAUAUUUCUCAGCUCAAAGCAACUUUUGAGUGCUACCAACAAAAAUAUGAAAGUACCAUCUACCAGGACAUUAACAGUUGUGGAAGUGACAUUUUGGUGUCUGUGUUGAGGAUCGUAAUUUGGUGCAUAGACUCCCCUGAAAAACACUUCGCUGAGGUUAUUAGAGCUUCAAUUGUUGGGUUUGGAACUGAUGAGGACUCCCUAACAAGAGCUAUUAUAGCUCGAGCUGAAAUCGACAUGAUGAAAAUCAGAGCAGAAUAUUUGAAUGCGAACAAGACUAGCCUCGAUGAUGCAGUUAUUGGCGACACUUCUGGGUACUACUUGGACUUUUUGAUGACCUUGCUUGGAGCUAGAAUGUGACGCGCACUCCUUCAUGAACUUUGCUUCAACUGUGAGCUCAGAUUGAUUUCAUUUGUCCCUUUUAUUUAUAUUGUCCCUGUGUGCAGCAAAAUAUUAACGACUUGAAACCCAAAAAAAAAAAAAACAAA